CACACUCAACCACUUCCCAUCCUUCCAAAAGCCACUCUUUUGCGCCCUUUGCCAACUUCCACACCGGUGCCUCCACCUGCGCCGCCUUCCCCGUCACGUAUUACACCUAGUACACACACUUCUUUGUCACCGCAGGAACUACCUGUGGUCUCUGACGACCUUGGUCCUCUUUCUCCUUCGCUCUCGCUCUCGUCCCAUCCCGAGCCUGCCCAAGCCCUCCCCGCGCUUUUCGAUCCGAUCCGAGCGUCUUUUUCUGGACUCUUCGAAGCUUCCUCUCCCGCGCCUCUGAACUCUGCACGUACUGCUGCUGCUGCGAGUGGACCUGCUGGUGGUGUUCCGACCUCGACUUUGAUCUCGGACUCGACGUUGGCUACCGCAUCUGCAUCGACGACAAGCACUUCUUCUCGUCCUUGUAAUGCCGAUCAGCACCCUACCGUUUGCCCCUGCUGCACGCCUCUCCCGCAGCCUACACAAGACAUGGCACUGUCCUCGCCGCGAGUGACUUUUUCGGCUUCCCAGCCGCUCCUCUCGUCGUUUUCGGCGAUGCCUUUGACAACGACCACGACGACGACGACGAUGACGAUGCCUGCUUCCUCUUCUUCUUCCGCGGCAGCCGGCGCCGGCGCCGGCGCCGGCGCCGCUCCGCCCGCCGGUGACCACAUUCCGGUCCCACCCGGCGCCGCUUACGACCGCACCGCCGCCCAUCAGAAGGGCGUGCAGCACUUUGUGCAGCGGACGUACGAGAUGGUCUCGGUCUCCUCCACGGACUAUUGCAUCCAGUGGACAGCGUCUGGCACCUCGUUUGUCCUCACAGAUUACGAGACUGUCGGCGUCGCCGAGCUGGCCAACUUUUUCUCUCACUCGAACAUCAAGUCGUUCAUCCGCCAGCUCAACAUGUACGGUUUCCGCAAGAUCGGCGAGCCGAACCACUGGGAGUACACCCAUCCGUACUUUCUCCGCGGCCGUGUUGAGCUUCUCCGCUACAUCCGCCGCAAGCCGCGCCGCCGUGGCGGCAAGGCCAAGGCUGCUGCUUCCGCCGCUGCUGCUUCCGCCGCCGCCGCGCCACCGGCGAGCCUCGACGCCAACUCGCCGGCCGCGCCGGCCGUCGUCUCGGGCCUCCGCGCUGAGGUCGCCUCGCUCACCAACGAGUGCGCCGCGCACCAGGCCCAAAUCGAGUCGCUCACCUCGAAGCUCAACUCGCAGGCAGCGCAGGUGGAGACGCUGCUUGCCGAGAACGCGCGGUUGCGGGCUUCGUGCGCGUCGGUCGGCUCGGUCCAGUCGCUCCUGCAGGAGCAGGUCUCGGAAAUUGUGGCCAUGGUCACGGCGGCAGCACCGCUCUCGCGCAAGCGCAAGGCCGACGACGACCUCGAGGCGAUGCUGGACCAGCAGCUCGCGUCGGCCCUCGGCAUCGGAGCUCUGGUGACGCCACUCUCGCUGGCGCCGAUGCCCGAGCCGUCGCCGUCGGCGGCGUCAGGCGCAGCGCCGAGCACCAAGGCCUUCCCCUCGGUCACGCUCGGAAACGAGUCCGCUGGCGCCCGCCCGCGCAAGCGGCAGCGCCCGAUCUCGGUCUCGGUGCCGCGGCGGGCCCGCGGCGCUCCGGCGCCCGGCCCACCGCCGUCGCUCACGCCGUCGCCGCCGGCCGCUCCGCUCUCGGCGGCGUCGACUCACCUGUUCAGCUUCCCGCCGCUCGACGCGCUCUCGCCCCUCGCCGCCGUCGCGCUCCUCUCAUAGGCGAGCGGCCUUUUUUUUUUCGCAACUACAUCACA